UCUCUUAUAUUUUCCAUUGGUAUUUCAAACUUUGUACUACUAAAAUCAUAACAAAGUCUCCAAAUUGUAGUGAAAAAAGAUCUUUCAACAACAAUGAGCUAUUCUCGUCAAAGCAUGGCUUCCGGUAGUAGAAGUACAAGGGGCUAUGAGUUUGGAAGGACUUAUGUUGUGAGGCCUAAAGGAAAGCACCAAGCUACUAUUGUUUGGUUGCAUGGUCUUGGAGAUAAUGGCUCCAGUUCUUCUCAGCUCUUGGAGAGCCUACCUCUUCCAAACAUAAAAUGGAUCUGUCCAACUGCUCCUUCGCGUCCUGUUUCGCUUCUCGGUGGAUUCCCUUGCACUGCCUGGUUUGACGUGGGAGAAAUUUCUGAGGAUCUUCAUGAUGAUAUAGAAGGCUUAGAUGCUUCAGCUGCACAUAUUGCUAACCUCUUAUCAGCUGAACCAACAGAUGUCAAAGUUGGGAUAGGAGGUUUCAGUAUGGGUGCAGCAAUAGCUCUCUACUCCACGACGUGCUACGCUCUUGGGCGUUAUGGAACCGGACAUCCUUAUACUAUUAACCUACGAGCUACUGUAGGACUUAGUGGUUGGCUUCCUGGUUGGAGGAGCUUAAGGAGCAAAAUAGAAAGUUCGAAUGAGGUUGCGAGGCGCGCUGCAUCGAUACCAAUCAUACUUGCACAUGGAACUUCUGAUGAUGUAGUUCCUUAUAGAUUUGGAGAGAAAUCUGCUCAUUCACUUGCUAUGGCUGGAUUCCGACAAACUAUGUUCAAACCAUAUGAAGGGCUUGGUCACUAUACGGUUCCUAAAGAAAUGGAUGAGGUAGUUCACUGGCUCGCCUCAAGGCUUGGUCUCGAGGGCUCGCGUUAAACUCUGCAAGCAUCUUCUAAGCAUCUAUAGCUACUAUACAAUGGUGUAGAAUAUUUAUAUUAUAUAUAAGGGGUGGGGGUUUCUUGGGGUAUACGGUAUUCUCAUGUUUCUACUGUUUUGUGAUUUAUUCAUGCUUUUCUGCUGUUCAAUUCUUGAUUAUGAAUAAUAAUAAAUAAAAAGGCUCUUUGUGC